CUGGGUGAUUCAUCGCCGUUGCUCGCCAUUGUCACUCGUAAGGUCUCUGGUCACUGCGUGAGAGGGGGACGUGCUUCAAUUAAGGCACCGCCAGAGUCUCGCAAGAAGUUUAUUGCCAACUUUUCGUUUUCCCGCCCAAACCACCGCCGCACUCAUCGAAUCGAACGCCGCCGUCGUUCGCCGACGGCCGAGAACGCCGAUGUCGACUCCGCCAUUUUUUCUUCCACCGACUCCCGCCUCUCAAAUCCGACGAGAAGGUCGUCUCCUCCGGCGAGACGCGCGGCGACGACUGUACCUGGAGGUCGGAGAUCUUCUACCACACGACAUAUCGCACCGGCGCCGCGAACGGUAGUCGGUCCACUUGCACCUGUCGCCGCCGAUCUCAGCCACCUAGUCGCGCCGCUCAGCCGCCCGGUCGCACCGUGGUUGACGCCUCGCAACGCCGCCAUUGGCACAACACUGGUCUCGUCCAAACGAUCGAGGACGUUGAGCUCGUCGUGCCGCUGGUCUUGUCAGGCACACGGCGGCCGCCGGUCUAGUCCAAACGGCAUCAUCCGCUGCCCGUCGCGAAACUCCGCCACCGGCCGCCGCCGACACUGGCAGUGCCCACCGCCGCAUACAUCCGAGUAUGCGCCUCUGCUUGCGGGCUGA